AUGGAGUUCCCUGAAGAGCGAUAUUAUGGAGUGAAUCAUAUUCUUUUAUCAAUAAUUGGUCUUUGGCCAUAUGAUAAUUUUAAAAUCCGAUAUCUUCGUUUCAUAUUAUCAUUACUAUUACUUUUAUCCUUUUUAAGUGCUCAGUGGAUGAAAUUAUGUGUCUCAGAAUAUAGUUCUGAUCUUCUUCUAAAAGUGUUAGCUUACAAUAUCAUUUUUAUAGUAUUUUUUGUAAAAUAUAUUACAUUUUAUGCUGUUUUCAAAAAUAUUAAAGAAUUCCGGGAACGUGUCCGAAAUAAUUGGAACGCUUUGAUAGAUAAUUAUGAAAUCGAAAUAAUGUGUAAACAUGGAAGCAUUGGCAAAUUAUUUACGAUACUUCUAAUAACUAUUGGAAUAUUGAUUGCAACAAUCAGUGGAGUAGCUACUGAAUCAUUCUCAUUAACAAACGCAUUACAUGCUUUCGGCUUAUUUAAAAUCGCUAGUUAUCGUAUGAAACAUGUAUUAAACGGAAUUAAUCCGCAGAUGUGUAUAACUAAAAAGUAUACUAUAUCUCAUAAAAGAAUAAUCGCUGCGGUGGAUUUCCAUAGAAGAGCAAUCGAAUUUUCUGAAUUAUUGAAAACAAGUUUUGGGCGAGUAUACUUAUUCUUGUUUGUGAUUGGUGUAUGUUCGGCAAGCAUUAAUUUACUUAAUUUAUCUCGAAUAAUAAUGACAGAAAGAGAAAUCGUAGAACUUAUUAAAUCGAUUUCAUUCAUAGCACUGCACUUUUUUUAUUUAACUGUAGCUAAUUAUGCUGGGCAGGAAUUUAUAAAUAGUGACACGCAUUUUUAUCGUACAAUAUGUAAUACAGAAUGGUAUAACGCUCCGUUAAAAACACAAAAAUUAAUACUCUUCUUGAUACAAAAGACUACAAAAUGUUAUAAGGUUGAUGCCGGUGGUAUGUUUAAUCCCUGUUUGGAAGGUUUAGCUACAAGUUUAAGUAUGACGGUUUCUUAUUUCAUGGUUCUUUAUUCUAUAUAAUUAUAACAUGCAAAGGGACUAUUUUGUUAGUACUUUA